AUGUUGCACGAGAAACCCGUCCAGAUUGGCCAACUGUCCGAUGAUGGAAAUGGAACAAACAAGGCGUGGACAGGGGAGAAGAGGCGCCGCAAGCACGUACCCCCGUCAUCAUCCGAUGCUCCUACCACUGCCCAGGACCAUGGAGACAUGGAGGUCACCAUCCUAGGGGGUGGAGAUCCUUUUCUUCAUGCGACAGACAUGGAGCUGCUGCCCAAAAUAGAUUCGGCACAAGAAACAAGCCAGGAUUGCUUCGGGCCGGAUGUCUUUAUCAGCAAGGAAGACGAAAACCGUUAUGCGCAACUUUUGCUUCCCAACAUUCCUCUUCCAAGGGAGGAAAACCUGCCAUUUGAUAUGACAUGGGAGGAAGAAGGCAAGAUAAAAGUGCGCCUUGCACGCCUUCGCAUCACUUAUUACAAGGCUUUGAAGCCAGAGUGCGCACGUGAACGUGAGCUUAAGGAACCAGAAGAAUACACUGAUGCUGAACUUGGUGAGGAGUUGUACUUUAAGCGGUUAGAGGAGGAUAAAAGUUUUGACUGGUUCGUCCAUCCUGAUGACACCUAUAAAGCUGGAUUGAAUGACUACCAACGGAUUGCCCCUCGUAAUUUUCUGCAUCAUAGCGGUCGGAACCUGUACCGCUAUCACGAUGAGUACCGCUCACGUUAUCAUACAUAUAAAAUUGUUGCUGUUUAUGUCAAGUAUUAUGCAGAAAUUUCAAAGAAAAUCAAGUGGAUUACAGAGUAUUUGCAUCUGGAUCGCAGCACCGAGGAAUGGAUAGAAUUGGAUACUAGAGCAUGGAGGCAAGCAUUGAGGAUUGCAACUGACUUUGCCAAUAUGACUGUUCGUUUAGCUGCUUUUGCUUAUAAUGAGUACAUUCUUGAGAUGGAUAAGAAUGCGUCCCUCAAGGACAUAGAUCUUCUCUAUUUUGAGAUUUGGAGGCGUGUCGCUAAGAAAAAUUUAAGUUAUAUGGAUGCUGUGAAGGAAGUAUAUGAAAUGGACAAGUUCGAUGUACACAAAAGGAGACUAGAUGGUGAACUGAAAGGGGUUCCUGCCGUUGCAACAAUAAAACAAUACAUGCACUAUGUUGUCCGACAAGGUGGCAUUAACGCGAAGACCAAAGAGGAUAAAGCUCGAGAUGUGUUUAGGAAGUUAUCUGUCACAAUGAACAUGGCUCAGUACGCUCAGAAAAAGUUGGAUUUAGCAGAUGAGCUGAAGUUGGACAAAGAGGGUGGAGUAGUUCCAUUGGAAAGACCCUUCAAGUUCUGUGUAAUGAAAAGACUAGAUUUGUAA